AAUUGCCACACCGCAAAUCAUCAUAAACUAUGCCUUCCUUUUGGAGGUAGACAUUUUUCUUAUGGUUUUAUCACUGUGUUUCACACAUUCUUACAUUUAAUAGUUUUGUGGACUGACUGAGAUUCUGGUCUUUAAACUUAUGCAGGAAAACAAGUACUUUGAAGAUGCUUUUAAGGUCUAUGAAAGAGGUGUCAACAUAUUUAAAUACCCACAUGUCAAGGACAUUUGGGUAACCUAUUUGUCCAAGUUCGUGAAAAGAUAUGGAAAGUCGAAGCUUGAAAGGGCUAGAGAACUGUUUGAGCAUGCUGUUGAAACGGCUCCUGCUGAUGCAGUUAAGCAGCUGUAUCUUCAAUACGCAAAAUUGGAGGAGGAUUAUGGUCUAGCAAAGCGAGCUAUGAAGGUCUAUGAUGAGGCAACCAAGGCAGUACAAAAUGAAGAAAAACUAAGCAUGUAUGAGAUAUACAUUGCUCGUGCUGCUGAGAUAUUUGGUGUCCCUAAAACAAGGGAAAUCUAUGAGCAGGCCAUAGAGUCUGGUCUUCCAGAUAGAGAUGUGAAGACAAUGUGUUUGAAAUAUGCAGAGCUAGAAAAGAGCUUGGGAGAAAUUGACCGAGCUAGGGGAAUAUAUGUGUUUGCAUCUCAAUUUCCAGAUCCACGCACUGAUGGUGAUUUUUGGAAUAAGUGGCAUGAGUUUGAGGUUCAGCAUGGAAAUGAAGAUACCUUCAGAGAAAUGCUGUGAAUCAAGGGAAGUGUUUCUGCAAGUUAUAGCCAGGUAAGCCUUUAUGAGAAAAACAUUCCAUUUAGUUUUUUGAUACAUUAUAUGGGUCUUUCCUUUUAUUCAUAAAGACUCUUUCGGAUU